CGGCUCUUCAAUGUUAUGAAAGUCGGAUUUCGAGGAAGCUUUCUCACAUUCGCUUAUAUACCCUUAAUCGAAACUAGGACGUUCGAUUCUAUCCUGUCGAGCAAUACUCCUUCACGAAACGGCCCCAUUCUCUCGGGCGCUUGACUGAUCAGGCAGAACUUCUGACCCGUGUUUUCACCUGGUUGUGGUCCCACUGUUCUUUGUAUUCCAUCAAGUCGACGCGAUACAGUUCUUUAGCAACGGUGCCUGCUUAUAGAAGGGACAUGGCUGCGACUGAAGGACCGCCCAGGGCACAUGAUCGAAAUGGGCGGCGCCGGGCUUUCUCUAGUUGGAUGAAGAGGCUUGCCAGUCUUAAAAAUCCUUCGUCCGAGUCUGGUACCAUCCGUUGGUCGAACAAACGCCACGCGGGGAAUAAGAGCAAGAAGAGCAGCAAUAAGCACACACCCUAUCCACUAUCGGAAUCCAACGAGCUUAAUGAACGAGAGUCGCGGUCACAGAGCGCCCCAUCCCUCGCAUACUCGGGCUACGAUAGCCAUGCUCAUGCCACGAGCACCAAGUCGACGGCACCAACAGUGUCCACCAAUGGCACCAACGGCGAGGCAGGCAGGUCAGAUGAGGUAUACUCGAAGGCGGGUACUCUGACUACUGCAGGUGGAGGCAUAAGCACCAUUGGUGGCGGAGAAGGGAGCACAUUCUCAUCGCCAGCGCCGUCUGUACGGUCAAUGACGACUACAUUGACUACCGUGCAGUCCGCAGCACCUUCAAACCAGUUUUAUGUGGCGCAGAAUCACAAUCAUGGUCUGACACACGUAAAUUCGACCCAGAGCACAUCGGCACAGCAGGUUCAAUUUUCGCACCAGUUCCCGACUACCCCGGUAUCUGCAGUCCCACCCCACCUUGCACCCCAUGGUCACCCGACAUACAGUACUGCAACAGCAAACAAUAUAUUGACCGACAACGCAUCAAUUCUUACUCUAGCUUCUUCUUCGAAGCAUCGCCGGAGGAACUCACUAGAUACAAAUGCGUCUAUCCGAGCCCUCCCGCCCUCGUCGCUUUUUGGCGGUAGCCGGGAGAGUUUGCCAUUGAGUAUUCUUAGCGGCAAUGCUGCUGAACCGUCGAGUGCAUCGGCGUUUAGUGUCGGCGGAGUUCCCAAUCGACCCAGCAUAGCUGGUCUUGCAAGCACCGAGCGAGCCAGCGUCUAUUCGUCAUCUGGCGUUGCUUACUUAAAUGGUGCCGGCGAACGAACUAGCCUACAUACAAAUAGACAGGGUCUGGACGGGGCCAGUAUCAGAAGUGGCCACUAUUCGCAUGCGCGCAACGACAGCACUGCGGCCAGCCUUUCCGGUGGUGUUUCCGGGACCCCGCUAACAGGCCCGGUUGUCACCCAGACCGUGUCGAAUGGCCGUAUCAGCCGCCGCAGCUCAGGAUGGGGCGAGAUUACGGACGGCGGAAGCGAUGAGGAAAAGGAAGCCGAGCAGAAGACUGAGGAGAAGACGGCCGAUGAAAAGUCGGAACAUAAAGUGCAAUGGCUGGCCGUUGGUUCGGAAAAGUCCUGUGCCGGGGUUACACCGAAACAGGAGAACUUUCCUUGA